GUUUCACUGUGAAUGAAACUUUCACAUAAUGGGAAAGUGAGACGAGGAUGACGGACGAAAUGAGACUUCUCUUCGUCUUCCAAGGGCAAAAUGCGACUCUCUGUUCCAUAGAAAUUGUCCAUUUCUGGAAAUUCAUUUCAUUUCUGAGCGUUUUGUGAUUUUGUCGUAUGACAUUUUUAAAUGCAUGUCCUAAUUAACCUAGAAUUGGUUAACUCUGCCAGACUUUGCCUACAAAAUGUCAAACGAAGAUGAAUCCGCAGUGUCACUAGAAGAACCCGUAGUUGUUCAAAAUGAGAUAUCAAUUUCUCCCAACAAAUCAGCAGCAGGAUCUGACAAGACAAAAUCCGGCACAGUUUCUGCAGGGAAGAAAAGCAAAAGUAAUAAGAAAAUAGCAAGCAAGGCCAGGGUCGUGGGUCUUAAAGUUGCACGCGUCGAAGAGGAAGAAGUCCCCCAGCUUCCUCCCGAAUGCUGUCCCGAUUUGAAGGAUGAGGUCAAAAUGUUGUCAGACCCCAUGAAAAAUAGAAUGAAUCUGGAAUGGUUUCAAAAGAUUCGGAUGCCUCCAGAGGAGUAUAAACACCUUUGUUUCUCCGAGUCCCUUCUCAUGGUGGAUGAAGUUGGGAAUGUUUCAGGAAAAAUGUACACGAGCGUGAAACCUUCAAAGUUUGGGGACAAACACUGUCUCUGCGUCCAUUCGGGCUGCUAUGGGACGCCAGAUCCAGAUCUGGAAUGUGGAACCACCAUCACUGGAUUCGUCUCCUUCGAUAUGAAACCGUUCCAAGAGUUUGUUCAUGAGUGGGCGGUGUGCGAGGGGAAAGUUACAGAAAGAAAAAUUUUCAUCAUGAAGGAGGAAGACGUAAUGCACAUCACAAUCUCAUUGUACAAGGAUGGAGAAGUGGUUGAGCAAAAGGCUAUCAAUUUGAGUCGGUUGGAACAAAGAUUACUCGUCACCGAGUCGGUAAAUAUUGUUCUCUUGAGACUUAUCAUGCUAGAAAAAAGGGCAGGUGGGGAUAUGGAACUCAAAACACUCGCUUUCACAGGAUCUGUGGUUAAAAAUAAAUAUGUAACAUUGACAAAUGGAUGGGAAAAUGUGAAAGGCGAGCAAGUUCGAACAUGGUCAAUUAGGCGAACUGUAGAGUUUGAAUUCGGGGAAAGACUUUGGGAUUCAAUGUUGAAUCAGUUUGGACGAUUGAUUUUAAGAUGUCAGCCUGAAAACGUGCAUGCCCUCAUCCCUCUCUGGUUCGAACCUGUAAAGGAAAGCAAGAAGGGAAAACACGAAGCUUGCUAUCCUCCAUACAUUUGGGCUUGUGAUGCCGAACUCCAUGCAAAAUACUUGUUGAAACGGGAUGAAUUGGCUGCUGACCACAGAUGCUAUUUGCUAGAACAUCCGGACCUUCGAGCAGUAUUGAGUGACUUUGUCCAAGCUGUUCUUCUCCGGAAACCUGCCAAUCUCAUCCCAUUUACUCAACAGUACUUUGAGUCCUUUCUCAAGUUUCGUCCUGAUAGUCAGCAGCCGUCAGUGGUGUCAUCCUCCAGUUCCUCCAACGAAUCGGAUAUGGGAGAGUGGGGAGAAUGGGACGACGGUGGCGAGGAUGCAAAGACAGACUCAUUUCGUUUCUAUCCUGUUCCACCAACUCGUCCUCUCGAUGGAUUAGAGAAAGUCUCAUCUGAGGAGGAAGUGGGGGAAGAAGAAGGAAAAGCUUUGACAGAAGGUCUAGAGGUGGUUGGUAAGGAAAAAGAAAAUUCAAAUGUAACUGUGGGAUCUGACGAAGAUGACGAAAAUGUUUCCAACCCCAAUGACGAUGAUGGGUGAAGUUGAGCAAGCUCAAGAAUUAUUAUUUUCGUACAAUUAUUCUGCAAUUUUGUGGUAUUAUUCUUAAAAUCAGUGCCACACUUUAUUCUCAUUAUCUGACUCGGGUAUAUUCACAAAGUAAUAAAUAAUAACCAUAAUAAUAAGUAUGUAGCAAUAUUUUGAAAUAAUAAA